GCAACCUUGCCUGCAGCUUUGUCGAUAGCUAGGUACGUUUCGGUGCCCAUACGACGCCAUCGACAACUUUGUUGACGAACUGGGUUUCUAGAACAUCGCGACAUUCAUAGUUGAAUCGCAGAAUUUGUGGCGUCGUCGCAAACCCCCUAAUUGGUGUUUGAAGUCGCCAUAAUGGGUCAGGGUCCAUCGCUUCCAGGUCCGCCUGAUACGAAAUUUCGCGUCAUUGGUGCUGGAAUGUCGCGUACCGGUACGAAGACUUUCAACGAAGCUCUCGCUAUCCUCCUCGAUGGCCCUGUCCACGAUUCCGGGAUCCAGUCCCUCGGGGGACCGGUAAACCAGAUGAAAGCUUGGCUCGACAUCAUGGAGCUAGCUCCGAAGGCGCAGACGUUCUCCGAGCAGAAGAAGCUUGAUUGGCUCAUAUCGGAGGUGCUAGACGGCUACGUUGCAACCAUGGACUGCCCCGCCGCGACGCUCACCCCCGAGAUCAUGCGCGUCUACCCGGAUGCCAUUGUAAUCGUGACGACUAGAGAUGAAAAGUCGUGGUGGAAAAGCAUGAGCUAUCUGAACAGUCUGAUGGGGACGUGGUAUCUCCCCGUCGUGGUCUUAUGGCUACACAAGACUCAAGUCUACGGAGUCUGGCGCGAGCGCUUCCAUUAUAUUAUGAAAUGGCGCUACCAGCAGGAUAAAAUCGAGGAGAACACGCUUCGCCGGCAUGAGGAACACCUAAGGCAGGUCGUACCUCCGGAGAAGCUGUUCUUCUACGAGGUCAGUCAGGGGUGGGAGCCGUUAUGCAAGAUUCUGAACGUACCUAUACCCGACCGUCCGUUCCCGCAUAAUAAUAGCAAGGGAGACGCGGCACAGAUAUUUCGGGAUCACAUACUCGCGGGGUGUAUUUCGUGGUUCUUUAUGCUUAUGAUUUUCAGCAUGGCCAUUUGGCUUGUUAGAGGCUGGCUUCUCCAACGAUACCCUUGACUUAUAUAGAUUGAAGACAGGUUGGGAAGUGCGUAAUCCGCUGACGCUUAAUGCUCGAGUAUUAUCAAGGUAGUUGUAUAUAACCACAAGAAGACGGGCUCUUGGCCAUAAGGCAGCGGGUCUUGAGGAUAAGCUUUAUAGGAGUUGAAUAGAUUAAACCUGAUAUAUACCUACCUAGGUACACUUCAAGGCAGAUGCUGUCUCGCUACUCAAAU